AUGGUCCUGGCCGAUCUCGGUAAGCAGAUCUCGGGAGCUCUUCGGAAGCUGGGUAAGGCUACUGUAAUAGACGAGGCUGUUCUGGACGAGUGUUUGAAGGAGAUCUCUACAGCCCUUUUACAGGCUGAUGUUAAUGUACGAUACGUAGCGGAACUGCGGAAGAAUAUCAAACGGACGGUCGACUUGGAAGAGUUGGCGGCGCCGGGGUCGAAUAAGCAGCGGGUUAUUCAGAAGGCGGUUGUGAAUCAGCUUGUUGAGAUGUUGAGUCCUGAUAAGGAACCUUACAAGCCGAAGAAGGGCCAACCUAAUGUUAUCAUGUUUGUUGGUCUGCAAGGUAGUGGAAAGACGACGAGUUGCACGAAGUAUGCUCACUACUACCAGCGGAAGGGAUGGCGUGUGGCCUUGGUGUGUGCUGAUACCUUCCGAGCUGGCGCCUUUGACCAGCUUAAACAAAACGCUACCAAAGUGAAGAUACCAUUCUAUGGUUCCUAUGUGGAGUCGGACCCUGUCAAGAUUGCCAAGGAGGGUGUGGACUUGUUCAAGAUGGAUAAGUAUGAUAUCAUCAUAGUGGAUACGAGUGGACGGCAUCGUCAGGAAGCUGCUCUGUUUGACGAGAUGACGCAAGUCGCCAAGGCUGUGAACCCUGAUGAAAUAGUGUUCGUCAUGGAUUCCCAUAUAGGGCAGGCGUGCUUCGAACAAGCAAAGGCUUUCAAGGAUACCGUGUCUGUAGGGAGUGUAGUCGUGACGAAGCUUGAUGGCCAUGCUAAAGGAGGAGGGGCCCUCUCAGCCGUGGCGGCAACUGAUUCUCCUAUCAUCUUCAUUGGCACUGGUGAGCACUUUGACGAAUUCGAGCCUUUUGAUGCUCAAUCGUUCGUACAGAGACUUCUAGGGCUGGGGGAUAUCAAGGGCCUCAUGAGUACUAUAGGCGAAGCGAUGCCGCUGGACAAGCAAGGGGAUCUUAUGGCUCGUAUGCAAUCGGGGCAAUUCUCAUUGCGAGAUUUGAGGGAGCAGUUUGGAACUGUGAUGAGGAUGGGCCCCUUGUCGAAGGUUAUGUCUAUGAUACCCGGGAUGCAGAGCUCUAUGCUCCCACCGGGGGCUGAGCAGGAGGGCGUGAAGAAAAUGAAGGCGUAUCUCACCAUGAUGGACUCCAUGACUGACAAGGAACUCGAUGGGGACCAGGACUUCUGCGGUAGUCAUAGUCGUAUUUUACGGGUAGCUAGAGGCUCGGGUCAUGCGGUGGGAGAAGUUGAAACGCUGGUGGAGGAGUAUCGGAAGUACUCGAAAAUGGUGUCCAAAAUGGGUAAGAUGAAACUUGGCGAUCCGAGGACGAUGCAACAAAUGAUGCGGAAUCCGAAUCAGAUGAUGCAGAACAUGGGCAAGAUGAUAGAUCCAAAGAUGUUGAAGCAGAUGGGCGGCCAAGGAGGGUUGAUGAACAUGAUGAAGGGCCUUGGUGGGGCAGGCGGCGGAGGUGGCGGUAUGCAAGGCAUGAUGGAGCAAAUGGGUGGUAUGGAAGGAAUGCAGGACAUGAUGCGUAACAUGGGCAUGGACCCUUCCAAGAUGGCUAGCAUGAUGGGCAAGGGUCGUGGUGGUCGCCGGCGAUGA